CUGACCGGAUAUGACUUGCAAGGAUCUCGGAGCUGCAGCUUCUGAACUGUGGGCGUUUUUUCCUCAAUCUUGACUCCACGGUUUUUUUUUCUGGGUGUUGCCUUUCUGCUUUACAACUUUGGAGUUUCACCGGGGAAUUUCUGAGGAAGUCGGACAGGUCGAAGAGUUUCCGUAACGACAAUAUCUUUAACUUCUUGGAGAACAAUCGAGGCCCUCUAACUUUGUUAGCGCUGUACUUUUCAGGCGACAGAGGAGCGGUUUACUUUAGCCGCCUUUAGCUAACGUUAGCUAAGAGAACUGAAGAGCUGUGGUAACGAAAGAGCCGCCCGAUGCAGGCCAUUAAGUGUGUGGUUGUGGGGGACGGGGCUGUGGGUAAAACAUGCUUACUCAUCAGCUACACAACUAAUGCUUUCCCUGGAGAGUACAUCCCCACAGUCUUUGACAACUACUCUGCCAAUGUGAUGGUUGAUGGCAAACCAGUGAACCUGGGCCUAUGGGAUACAGCAGGACAGGAAGACUAUGACAGGCUAAGGCCACUGUCCUACCCACAAACAGAUGUGUUCCUGAUUUGCUUUUCAGUAGUCAGUCCGGCCUCUUUUGAAAACGUCCGUGCCAAGUGGUACCCUGAGGUUAGACACCACUGCCCUAACACACCCAUCAUUCUGGUGGGCACCAAGUUGGACCUGAGAGACGACAAGGACACCAUUGAUAAGCUAAAGGAGAAGAAGCUCAGCCCCAUCACCUAUCCUCAGGGCUUGGCCAUGGCUAAAGAAAUAAGUGCAGUGAAGUAUCUGGAGUGCUCAGCUUUGACACAGCGUGGCCUUAAGACAGUGUUUGAUGAAGCCAUCAGGGCGGUCCUGUGCCCCCCACCCGUAAAGAAGAGGAGGAGAAAGUGCACACUAUUGUAACAGAGAACCACAGGGAGUACAUAACACGGCUGCAGUCAGAACUUGCCUACUCAGAGGGAAGAAGACGAUGGCUCCCCAUAUUCCAGUUCACACUCUGUGUCCUUGCUUACAUAGACGCUCUGGUAGAUAAGACUCACAUCUGAAAGAACUCAACAGAUCUAAGCAGCGUUGGGGGUUCUCCAGCUGCUUACAUCUGUCCAGUCCUUUCAGACUGUAUUAAGUGACUUUGCUAAGGCCUGGGGGGGAAUGUUAUGUUGGUGAAUUUAAUUUUGGGUUGAUGUAGGAUGCUACAAAAUGUCUUUUUUCCUCAAAAAUUGUGAAGCAGCACUACUUGAACAUGAUUUUUACCAUGAAAUUACAGAAGGAUUAACUCCAAGAGAGGGAGGUCCUGCAGUACACUCUUUCCUCUACAUACUAAGAGAUUCCUGCUGCCUUGAAGAAAUUUUACUAACAUUUUUAGAAAAUCUAAUUUCUCCUUUUGUUUUCAUUGUCAGUCUCUUGUCUGCUGUGGCUGAGGGACCGUUUUGUUUACAUUUCUCAUCUGACUAGACUGAUGUGCUGCCAAAAGUCAGUCGACGGUCACCGCUCUGUGGUCACUCCAAACACUAAAAUGUGUUUUAGGGUGAUUUCUGUUUUAAUCACCAUGCAGUCAUGAAGUAACGGUUUAACCCUUUGUGGAGGGAAAAAAUGUAUCAAACUCUAAAACGACUAAUAAAAAAUGUUGAAGCAGCUGCUAAGAAAAUGCAGUCUAUGCUACAUAGUUAACUGACGUAUUUUUUUCCCUGAAAGUGAACCACUACAUCUGUGCCCAUUACUGUUAUAUGUGCUCUGUUAGAAGAAUCACACAGUAUUUUAAGUACAUUUCAAGCAUUGUGAAGGUGCAGCAUGGCCAGUUGGAGAGAUGUUCAAUCAGCAGAGGCCUCUCGUUUUGAUUGGGUUUUUGCGGUUUCUUUGGUGUAAGAUGUGCCUGCUGUGUUGUCAGCCUGACAUCUCUACUCACGUGUUGUUGUGUGCCAGUUAAUUUUCUCGUGAAGCCCUGGUAUAAUAGCUCUUCAGAUCUAUUGGCUUGUCACUCCAUCUGUGAGAGUCAAUGUUGCUACCACGACGAUUUGCAACCAAUGUCAUUUUGUCCCCGUCAUUUUAUUUACUGUGUCGCAGGAAGUCUAUGAGCCAUUGUAUUAGCACUCAAAGGUUGUGACUGUUUUUAUGUCUUGGAUGUAUAUGACCUGCAGUACCGAUUCAGGAAAUUCAUUUUGAAAUGAGCAGUGAUCAAAAAAAAAAAAAAAUGCAUGGGUGCUCUGGGGAGCCACUGUAAAUCUAAACUCAUUUUAGCAGUGUUUCAACGCUGUGGUGGAAGUUCACAUUUGGAUUUACUCUUGCUAUAUGUGGUUUUAUUUUCACAUAGUAAUAUGCAGAAUUUUCUUUUUAAGUAAAUAAAGUCUUUAAAAAUG